CCUCUAAGAACAAACAAAUCAACAGAAAUACUACUGCUGUGAUUGAAUCUCAGAAUCACAACCUACCAGUUCUAUCCUACUACUCUGAUUACCACACGAAAUCUUAUAGACCCAGAAAGUUAGAGAGAGAAAGCGACGGCGAUACACUACACACACCCCCAUAAUACCCUACGCUACGCACUCUGAAACCUAACGGUCUUUGCCUUGGCACACGGUUGAAUUCGAAAUUUGUUCCAAUUUCUUCUGUAUAUUCAAUCAUAUAUUCAGUAAUUUUCUGGAAUUUGGUCAGUUUUGCCCUAGUUUUGGUAUCGUUAUCGCUAAGAUCAGAAUGAGUAGAGUUCAUUUUGCUGUCGGAGAAUCUGGGAAGAGAAUUGAGGAUUGUGGAGUGGAAGUGUAUAGAUUGAGACAUUGUUAUUUUAGCUGUGUGUAUUAUGUGUAUUUGAUGAGUUUUAUGGUGUGAAGAUUGAGCUGAGGUCUAAAUGAGCUCCGAAAAGCCGGCGGUGACGGUUCGGGACCUCGUGGAGGAAGCCAACAAGCGGAUCGUUUUUCUGAUUAUUUGCGUCGUUGGACUUUCUUAUCUCAUGUCUUUGACAAGCGCCUCAGUGUGGGUCAAUUUUCCCUUUGCUGCCUUCUUAAUAAUCAUCCUUCGCUAUUUGUCUCUGGACUUUGAGAUGCGGAAGAAAGCUGCAGUAUACAAGGGCAAACCAACCUCAUCAAAUAUUUCUUCUCAACAGAAACCUCUGGAAGGUCCUAAAGCUGUGGUUGAGAAGUCUGACUGGAGAAGGAAAGUGGAUUCCCCCGCCGUUGAGGAUGCAUUGAAUCAGUUUUCAAAACAUAUAGUUUCUGAGUGGGUGACAGAUCAGUGGUACUCCCGCAUAACCCCUGAUAGACGAGGUCCAGAGGAGUUGGUGCUGAUUAUAAAUGGUGUUCUUGGAGAAAUUUCAUCUCGCAUGAGGAAUGUAAAUCUCAUAGAUCUUCUGACAAGGGACAUAAUUAAUAUUUUCUGCACUCACUUGGAGCUUUACCGUGCAAGUCAGUCAAAGAUUAAGAAGCAGCAACUUGGAUCACUGACUUAUGAACGUCAAGAAAUGGAACUAAAAUUUGUGCUGGCUGCAGAGAACAAAUUGCACCCCGCACUUUUUUCUGCUGAAGCAGAGCACAAGGUUCUCCAACACUUAAUGGAUGGUCUCAUAUCGUUCACAUUCAGACCGGAGGAUUUGCAGUGCUCUUUGUUCCACUUUUUUGUUAGAGAGCUUCUUGCUUGUGUAGUAAUGCGAGCAGUGUUGAACUUAGCAAACCCAAGGUUUAUUAAUGAAAGGAUUGAAUCUCUAGUUAUUUCUUUAAGCAAGGCUAAUAAAGGAGCUACUACUGCACAAGUGGCAUCCCAGUCUAGAUCAAAUGUGUCUUCAAAGAUUUCAUCUGAUCAUUUCUCUCGGUUUCUAGAUCCUUCUGUUAAGGGUGUUGAGCUUGUGCAAUUUAAAAAGGAUCAAUCGAAAACUGCUGAAGAGAAAUCUGUGACAGCCAAUGUGAAUGGAACACUUUUUUCGAAGGAUCCCUUGCUUUCCAUGAAUACUAGAUCGACCCGUUCUUGGAGUUCUUUGCCAUCCGACUCUCGUAAUGGUGAUGGAAAAGAUAUUGAACGAAACCACUCUGGAGGACAGUGGAGUGAUAUGAUAGAUAUGAUUUCUCGCAGAAAGACUGAAGCCCUUGCUCCAGAGAAUUUUGAAAAUAUGUGGACUAAAGGGAGAAACUACAGAAACAAGGAAGGUGCAAAUCAAGCUAGCCAGCCAGACAUGAAAAAUUCUUCAGCAAUGUGUAAAACAGCAGAUAAUUCAAAGGCAAUGCUCAAGCAAAAAGAAAAGCAUGGUGCAACCAAGAUUAGUUCCCCAACUUCCCCUGAGAGCGCUGCGGUUAUUUCUAGACUUGAUUAUCAGCCUGUGGCAGACAAGUUGUUGACCCAUGAUGAUCGGAACAUAUCAAGUCAGGCUUCUGCUACUUCAUAUUUAGAAGAUGAUGAGCAUGAUCUCAUGCGUUUGGAGGAGGUUGAAUCAGGGAGCAGUUCUUGUACUAGUGAAGAUGAAGAAUCCAGCAGUGUGACUGGUCUUGAUUCUCCUGUCACUAAAGUUUGGGAUGGUAAAAAUAAUAGAAAUCUCUCUGUCACGCACAUUCAUCAUCCACUUGAAGCUUCUGAAGGCCAUAAGACGAGGAAGACUGGUAAAGGGCAAGCACACUCUAGAUUACAUAGGAUACAGCCUGGGAGGAAAAGGUCUAGAUCAAGCAAUAAGAAGUUACACGUCUGGCAAGAAGUUGAGAGAACAAGCUUCUUAUCAGGAGAUGGGCAGGAUAUACUGAAUUCGUAUAAAGGACAUGUGAAAUCGGAGGACUCUGGUGAUGAUUAUGAGGCAGAAAUGUUGGGUAGAAUUCACAGUGGAGCUACUGCUUCUUCAUCUGCGUCCUCAACUUCCAUACCCAAAAGUCAUAAUUUGGCUGACGAUGCUAAAAAAAACUUCUUGUUGGAAAAAUCUUUUUUGAAGUUAAGAUGUGAGGUAUUGGGUGCCAAUAUUGUAAAGAGUGGCUCUAGAACAUUUGCUGUUUAUUCUAUAUCCGUUAUGGAUAUAAAUAAUAAUAGUUGGUCUAUCAAAAGAAGGUUUCGGCAUUUUGAGGAACUCCAUCGACGUCUUAAGGAGUUUCCAGAGUAUAAUCUUCAUUUGCCACCGAAGCAUUUUCUGUCAGCAGGUCUAGAUGUGCCUGUCAUUCAAGAACGGUGUAAAUUGCUUCAUCGGUAUUUGAAGAAGCUUCUUCAGCUACCAACUAUAUCAGGAUCAAUUGAAGUUUGGGACUUCCUUAGUGUUGAUUCCCAGACAUAUAUAUUCUCAAAUUCUAUAUCUAUUAUUGAGACCUUGUCAGUUGGCCUAGAUGAUACACCACAUGAAAGAGGAAAAGAAGUUCAGAAUGCUCUUGGGCCAUCAGUAAAUCCCUUUUCCUCCCGGACAGAGCAUCAAAAUACUGAAAGCAAGGAAUUUCCACGUAAUUUUGUGGCAGGUGGAUCAAGAUUGAAUACACAAGGUGCUAUUCAUUCUCCACAAAAAAAGCCCGCAAAAGAAUUUAGAAAGCCAUUUGAUGAUUUGACUAGUGACUCUGAUAAUGCGGAGCAAAGGAAUGUAUCUCUGACCGGAAAUUCCAUAAUAGGAAGAAAAUGUGCUGAUGUACAAGCUUUAUCCCCGUCACUUAUUGAUGCUGCUACUGAUCCAACGCUCCCAACCGAGUGGGUAACACCAAAUCUAAGUGUCCCCAUAUUAGAUUUGGUUGAUGUUAUUUUCCAGGUCCAAGAUGGUGGAUGGAUCAGGAGGAAGGCUUUUUGGGUGGCCAAACAGGUAUUACAACUGGGAAUGGGUGAUGCCUUUGAUGAUUGGUUGAUUGAGAAAAUUCAGCUUUUGCGUAGGGGAUCAGUGGUUGCUGCAGGGAUCAAGCGGAUUGAGCAGAUACUUUGGCCUGAUGGAAUAUUCUUAACAAAGCAUCCAAAGCGAAAACGACCAAACGCUUCUGGAAGCACACCCCAAAGUUCACCUCAUGGCCGACCUCCGAUGCCUGUAUCCUCACCUAAGAAAGAGGAUAUCCACAAUUUGGAUGAACAACAACAAAAGGAAGCUGAUCGGCGUGCAAAAUUUGUAUACGAGCUAAUGAUUGAUAAUGCACCAGCUGCUGUUGUGGGUCUUGUAGGUCGUAAAGAGUAUGAACAAUGUGCUAAGGAUCUCUAUUACUUUCUUCAGUCAUCUGUGUGUUUGAAGCACUUGGCUUUUGACAUUCUUGAGCUGCUGCUGUUGUCAGCAUUCCCGGAGAUGGAUUAUGUGUUCAGGCAGUUGCAUGAAGAAAAGGAAAAGUUUGGGGAAUUCAGACCUACUUAAUGGCAAUAAUUACAUGUUUCUCUUGAUCACAGUUCAAGAGCAAUUCUUUUUGGCCUUUUUUAUGUUUCCUAUUUCAGGCGUACGUAAUUUGUUGAAGAACAUGUAGCUGCAGCAACUUGUGACAUGAAAAUUGAUUUUUGCAAUUUCAAUUGAUGAAGGCAAACUCAUGAGGUCAGACUUGGCCCCAGUUUGUAAAUAGCUUUUAGUUUGCUAUUUUGAGUAAAAUUACAUGUAAAUCUCUAGAUUGGUACAGAUAUCACAAAGAUGUUUCUUUACCUGUGUAAAACUACUUAUCUCUUAAAGACUAUGUUCCUUGUUCACA